CUUACAGUUCAUCUCUAUGCCCCGCACGUGUUGAAAUUGUUUUCUUUUCAUAGUUCCCAUUUAAUUUAGCAUAUUUAGCAUGUCAGACUUCGAAAUGGAGGACAGUGCUUCAGGGUACGACUCUGGGGAUAAUUCAGACGCAGAGCUGCAAGCGGCUUUUGAGCGAGGCGACCUGAAACCAGGUCUAAAUGUGGAGUUCAAUGGGCAGAGAGAUAGAGUAAAUGAUGUCACCAAACUUUUGGCCAAAACAGAGGCUAUCAAGCUGCAACUCCCGUGGCUGGAGCGCCUGGACAUGAUCAACACGCUGGCUCCUUUGGCCCCGGAACUCGCUGUCCAGCUGGAGAAGCACGAGCAGAAACGCGCCAAUCUCUUCAAGGGCAACGCCAAGCUGCCCUACAUUCGCCCCGAGGAGGAUCCCGUCCUUAAUGAUUUCAAGAGGGAGAUGCUCUUCCAUCGGCAGGCGCAGAGUGCCGUCCUGGAGGCAAUUCCCCGCCUGCACGAGCUGGGCAUCAAGACCCGUCGUCCAGAUGACUAUUUCGCAGAGAUGGCCAAGUCCGACGAGCAUAUGCAAAAGGUGCGCGCCAAUUUGAUGGCCAAACAGCAGGGACAGGCCAAAUCCGAGCGCAUCAAGCAGAUCCGCGAGCAGCGCAAAAUGGGCAAGAUGCUGGCCAAGCAAACGAAGGUUCAGCGCGAGGCCGAGAAGAAGGACAUGCUGGACAAGCUCAAGAAGUUCCGCAAGGGCAAACUGAAAAACCUGGACUUUUUGGAGGACGCCAAAGCUUUGGAGUCCAAGCAGAAGCAGUCCGCCGAGAACCGCAAGAAGCGCAACAAGAAGUUCGGCUUUGGCGGCAAGAAAAAGGGCCUGAAACGGAACACCAAGUCCUCCUCCGCAGGAUUAGAUGGCGAAAAGUCCUCGCGACGACAAAGGGGCGUCAAGGCAGGCGCCUCGGUCAAUAAGCGAAUGGGCAAGUCGCGGCGCAUUAAGGCCAAGGGCAAAAAGUAAUCCACUAGGAUUGCCGACUAUCAUUAGGUGACCAAACUUUAGUUUUAAAAUGCUGUAUAGAUUUUUUAAAUACAUUCAACUUUAUGUGCA